AUGAAACUUGAUUUUAGUACAUCGGAAUUAUUAGAAUAUGCAAGAAUCAAAUUUAAACAAGUAAUUCCAAUUUUAGAUUCAAAUAAAGAGUUGUGUAAUAUUCACAUUUUACGUACUCAUGAUGAUAUUGUAUCAUUAAUCAAUCGUUUAAACCAAUCAAACUUUAAUAACAAUGAAGAUUUAUUUAAAUAUUAUAUGAUUCAACUAAUUCAAUUUGGUUCAAGAAAUUCAAUUAAAUACCUAAGAUCAAUUUGUGAUAAUUCAAUGUCGACCACUUUCCAAAUACAACUUCUCAUUCAAACAUUUAUCAAACUUUUAAAUUUUGAAGGUGUUCAAUUUAUUCUAGAAAAUUUAAAUGGUAAAAAUUUAGAAUUAAAUGAAAAAGCAUUUAAAGAUCGUUUCCGUAAUAGAAUAUAUAUCUCCAAAUAUUCAUAUAAAGAUUUAAUUGAUUUUAUUCAAUUUUUAAUUGAUAAAUUCAAAGAUUGUCAAUUAUCAUUAUCAAAUUUAUCAUUGAUAUUAAAUUACUUAUUUUUAAAGUUAAUUAGAGUCAAUAGUUUAACAAUUGGUCAAAUCAAAAAAGCAUAUCAAUUAAUAUCACACUAUAUUGAAAUAAAUCGUUCAAAACACAAUUCAUACUAUUAUUUAAAAACAUUAUCACCAAUUAUUGGAUCAUGUAUUACCGUUGGUGAAGAUCCAACAAAUGGUUCUAAAAGAAAUGGACCAUACUUUAAUUAUGAUAUAGAUACAUCAGUAUAUACAUUUGAAUAUAUAUUUAAAAAUAAUAAUCCAAGAAUCAAUUUAUUUUUUCAUUAUUUCGAAAUGGAAUUAGUAGAAAAAAAAAAGAUAAACCAAAUCAAAGAACCAUUUUUAAAUUUUAAACUAUUGAAAUUAAUAAUUAAAACAUUUGAUUUGGAGUCAUUUAUUAAAUUUGAUAGUUUAUUACAACAACAUGAAUUCAAUUUAAAAAGAAAGAACCAUAAUGUUGUUAAUGGUGAGCAAGAGGAUGCAAAUGAUUCAAAUUUUUUUAAUAUAAAAGUACAGUUUCGUGUGUUGGUGAGACCCCUUUCAAUUUUUUUUGUGUGUGUGAUGGUGAGACCCCAUGAUUCUUGA